AUGUGCUCCAGUGAAAUUAUGGACAGUCAAUGUACCAAUCCUGCAUGUGGAAUUAUCUAUGAUAAUUUGACCGAGGAAGAACUAGCUAUGCAUCCCUCUGAAGCUAUUCAUCCUGAUUCUGACGCUGCAUCUGCUCAGGACGAUGAAGAUGCUGGAUCGCUCGAAGAUUUUGUUGUCGAUGAUGACGAAGAAAUUGAGGAGGAGGAUAGUGCUAGCGAGCCAGAUUCAUCUGACUCUGGUAUUGUGGCCGUAUCGCCACCGCCCCAGACGGCAUCGCGUCCGUCAAAACGAUUACGUUCUAAAAGUCCUAUUUCGUUGAGUCCCUCUCCACCUGCUCCUACAUCCUCUGAUAGACGACGAGAGCGCUUAGAGGCUCUACGGGAGGCACGUCUAAAAAAGCUCAGUACAUCUAAUGUGCCGGAGUAUGACUCUGACUUAAGUGAGAGUUCAGUGGAUGAUCCGUUCUCGCGCAUGGAGCGUGACCACUUCGUUUAUCCUGACGAGGAAGACAGCUCGUCCAGUGACUUUUACCAUUAA